AAGGGAGCGGCGGCGGCGGCGGCGGCGGCGGCGGCGGCGAGAGCGGCCGGGAAGGACGGAGGGAAUCGUUCCCCGCUGCGCGGCACUAGCCGGUGAGCCGAGCUCCCCUCCUGCUGCCGCCAUGUCCCGGCGCAGCCAGCGCCUUGUCACCAGCCGCUAUUACCCCGGGGACGAUGAUGCCACGACCAGCAGCAGCAGCACAUCUCUGCUGGGUGGGACACAGCUCCCCUUCAAGGAGACCACCGGCAGGACGAUCAGGAGGAAAUCGAGUAGCACAAAGCGCCUCUCUCCCGCCCCCAGCACCCAAACCUCCUACUAUAGCGAGUCCAUGAUGAGCGAGUCCUACCUGGGGGGCAGCCGGGGCCUUGCUGCCCUGGGCAGCUCCAUGCUGGAUGAUGACCUGGACAGCAGCACAUACUGGGGUGGAGAGCUCUCCACCAGAAGGAGAAGAGGCACAGGGGACACCGAGUCCAGUAAGAUCAAUGGGGUGCUGGAGAGCAAGACGUACGACACCUACACAUCUUCAUCUGGGUACUCCUCGGAGGACGACUACGCUGGUCACUAUUACUCAGGCCAGAGUAGCUCCGGGUCAGGUCUGAGAACUGCAGCCUCCCGGGUGGGCUCCUUCCUCUGGCAGGUGUUCACCUCCCCAGUUCGAUUCAUGGGGUGGCUGUUCUCGGGGCUGGCAGGGGCCUGGCGCCGCCUCACGGGCACGGCUUCCCACCUGGACAGCGUUCCCUUCUCCAGGCGCUACCCACGUCUGAAGAGGUCCCUGCUGCUGCUGCUGCUCCUCCUGCUCCUCGCUGCUGCCGCCUACGGAGCUUGGUACUUCUACCCGUACGGGCUGUCGACACUCAGCCUGCCUUCCUUCCCGUGGUGGGGAGCUGGAAAGCUUUCCUCCUCCUCCUCUGAUGUUCCUGGGGCAGGGGACCUGACCACGCUGGACCAGGGGGGACACCGACUCCUGGCUCGCUUCCAGUCCCUGGAGAAGCGCUUUGAGGCCCUGGAGGCCGAGCUGUCGCGGUGGGAGCUGCGUCGUGGGGCGGCAGCAGUGACAGCAGGGGGAGAGCCACCCCCGGGGGACAUCCUUGCGCUGCUGGAGGGGCUGGUGAGCCGCCGGGACGCGGGGCUGAAGGAGCAUCUCCGCUCCGACAUGGCCAACCAGCUCCAGGGCGAGCUGGAUGUGCUCCGGGCCCAGGUGCAGAGGGAUUUAGACGGGCGCCUGGGCAAGAUGGCACAAGCUUCCCGGGAGAUGGAAGCACGCUUGCUGCAGCUGAACUCGGAGUGGCAGAGCUCGGUGCAGGAGAGCCUGCGGGGGACCUUCCAGCAGGAGGUGAGCAAGCUGGAGCAGGAGGUGGCAGUGCUGAGGAGGGAGCUGGCAAGCCUCAAGUCAGACCAGGAGGUGAUGGGGAAGCACGUGAAGGGGAUACUGGAGCAGCUGAAGACAGUGCGGGCAGAUGUGGAGGCACAGUUCCCAGUGUGGAUCAGUAGGUUCCUGUCACGGUCCCAGCAGGAUGGUGCUGCUGCCUUCAUCCUCCAGCGGGAAGACUUGCAAGCAGAGCUCCAGGCUCUGGAGCAAAAGAUCCUUGCAAAAGUCCUGGAGGACCGGAGACUGUCAGCACGGGAUGCUCAGGCUGGCAUUGGAGUGGCCCUGCGGCAAGGAGGGGCUGCAGGAGUGACAGAGGAGCAAGUGCAUCUCAUCGUGGGCCAGGCCCUGAAGCGCUACAGCGAGGACCGUGUGGGGAUGGUUGACUAUGCCCUCGAGUCAGCAGGGGCCAGCGUCAUCAACACUCGCUGCUCGGAGACCUACGAGAUGCGGACGGCGCUGCUGAGCUUGUUUGGCAUCCCCCUGUGGUACCACUCGCAGUCCCCCCGUGCCAUCCUGCAGCCAGACGUCAACCCUGGGAACUGCUGGGCAUUCCGUGGCUCCGAGGGCUUUGCUGUCGUCCGCCUCUCCAGCAUUAUCCGCCCCACGGCCGUGACGCUGGAGCACAUCCCGAAAGCCCUCUCACCACAGGGGACCAUCCCCAGUGCCCCCAAGGACUUUGCUGUCUAUGGCUUAAAGGAAGAAAGAGAGGAGGAGGGCCUUCUCCUUGGGCAGUUCACCUACGACCACGAUGGCGACCCCAUCCAAACAUUUUACUUGGAGGGUGACUCCGUGGGCACAUACCAGCUGGUGGAGCUGCGGGUGCUGAGCAACUGGGGCCACCCCGAAUACACGUGCAUCUACCGCUUCCGCGUGCACGGGGAGCCGGCGCACUGACCCCGGCCCGGCGGGAUGAGGACGCUGCCGGGCUGGCAGCAGGAGGGGACGCGGCUGCUUCACUGCUUCGCACCUAGAAACCCUGGCACGUGCCAGCAGCCGCCCCUGGAAGCUGCUCCCCUGGGGGGAGGAGAAGAGCUGGUGUUGAAGGGGUGAGGCUUUCACUCUUCCAAGGACCGGGGUGGUGAGGCAAGAGCAUCCCACGUGGGUCCUAGCGCAGCCUGGCUUGUUUUCAGUGCAUACGGGACAUUUUAACUUUUUAAGCUAACUUUGUAUCGGGUUUGCGCUGCCCCUCUUCCCUGUUGUCCCACUCCUUUCUAGCAUGGCCAGGGCUUGGGAAAGGGGUGUGUCAUUUUGUGAUGUGCUUCAUGCGGGCUUGGGUGCAGGAGAUGGGAGUGUGGGACCAUGGUGCCUGACUCGGUGCUGCCACAGUAGGUGGGAGCCACUGGUCGUGGCCACCAAGUUCCCUCCACACAAGGGUCACUUCUCUUGCCUUGGCGUUGGUUUGGGUAAAGAUUUCCAGCCCUCCAAUGCUGGGCUGGCAGAGAGGAAAUAAGACAGUAUUAAUGAAGUAUUAACAUAAAACUAAUGGUUUGAGGCAGCAGGAGGAGAGGCACAUGGCACAUGUUGGUGGCACAGCCCACCUGGGUGUGUGCUGCCAUCCAUCCACUCAAGCCCUCCUGCUGACAGUAGCUGAGUUGGGUCUUGCUGAUGCUGUUGGCCUCCCUGGCUGGCUGCCUCCCCAGUGUUAAGCUUGGUGAUGCUCUUGAAAAUUCCUGUUGCCUGCUUUUCUUUUGGGGUUUAUUCUGAUAUUUUUUUUUAAAG